GUGACCCCAUCUUCUGUUCCAGAUGACGGUCAUAUCCGUGCCCAGACACCGUGAUGGCUCCAUGCUAUUUCAUUUUCUUCCCAACAAGGAACCAUUAGUGUCCGCACUAUUCUUCGGAUAGGGGUUUCCUAGAGGUUUAAAAGCAAGACUCAUUCGCUACUUGACUUUCAUCGCUUCAACGACCUUCUACCAAACAACCAUGUCCACAUCAGCAGCUGUCUCGCAGUCCGCGAAUAUGUCCGACCUUCUGCCCACUCACUUCGUCGGGACCACUAUGAACGCAGUGCAAAACGAUGAGGGGAAAUUCCGCGUCUACUUCCAAAACAAAGACUACCAGAUCUACGAAAUGUCGUUGAACGACCCGAAGAGCACGGCCUAUACCCUGCUCAAACUCACGAACAGCCACAUUCCCGCUGCUCGUAUCAACACGCCCAUCGCAGCCGUGGCGAGUAACGACUUAGAAGAGAUCCGCGUUUUUUACAUCACCGUGGACAGCCAUGUGCAGGAGAUUUGUCACUCCAAGCGCCAUGGUUGGCAGAAAGGCGCGACCAUUGGCACCGCUGUUGAGAACAGCACCUGCUUGUAUGCGCAAGGCCGGUUCGUUCACAAUGAGACCAUGCUCAGGGUCGGGUUCCAGUCUGCAACCGCUCCACAGACUAUCACAGAAGGUUGCGCUACGAAAGAUGAAUGGAAGAUCCGUGUACUCUAAAUUGAAUGGCGUACUUCUGCUUCCAUGCCCAGAAAGUGAUUGUGUAUCGGUAUCAGAUGUAUAUGUACUAUAUAAGGCAGUAUGACGUGUGG